AUGAGCCAGGGCGCGGACCCCAACGUUGUGGACGAGUUUGGGGAAACUGCGUUGUUUUAUGCCGUCAGGAGUAAGAAGACAGCUGCGGCCACGGCCUUGUUGGAAGGCGGUGCGAAUCUGGAAGUUGUCAACAAUGCUGGCAACACCUGUAUGAGCCUGGCGCCGGCUACAGUAUUCCCUGCGUUGCAGGAGGAGCGCAAGAAACGGCGCCUCUAUGAUGACGACCCAGGCUUGCUAAGGGCCUACAGUGAUAAUGUCAGAUUCUGCCUUGGACCAUCAGGUCCGGGGCCAAAGCGCCAGCGGACGGCGAUGGAAGCCCUGCGAGCAUGGGCGAGUGAGUGGCCAGCCGAGGAGCCCAUCCCCAGAAAGAAAAUAGUUGACUACAAGCAGGAGGACAUCAUUGACAAGACUGACGGCUACGCCGUUCUUCGAAGGUGCCCGGAAGAAUGCGCAGCACAGCUGCGUGUCAGCGAGAAGCACUUUGUGGCGGAUCAUGCUCAGCUCCUCCAAGAAGAAACUUGGUUCCACGACUUGUCGCCCGAGGAGUGGUGCAAAGGCGUAGGUGUGAUUGCGGAUGAGACAGGAGUCGCUGUGAAGGCGAUUAAGGCGGUGGUGGCUGGAAAUAGGGAACAUCGCUUCACACUGCCGCUAGUGGAGGUGGAAUCGAAGUCACUGGCUGGGUAUAUCCAUGUGGGGUGGAAACCCGAAGAGGAGGAGCUAUCCAUAAAGCAGCUCAAAGUGAAUGACAAGGACAUGAAUAGAGGGCUUGGAAAGCUGCUGCUAGCAGCAGCUGAAGAGCACAGCCGUCGAAUGGGGUGGACAUGCACGGGGACAUCGCUCAGCGUAUUGGCAUCAAAUGAGCGGGCGUGCAGGUGUUAUAGCGGAGCUGGAUUCAAGAAAGAAUCAAGCAGAAGCGCCAGUUGGGGAAAGAAAGGGCAUAUCGCAUCAGACUGGCAGCGAUGGAAGAAGGUGACCAAACAUGCUUAUGAUAAGAAGUCCCCGGUCGGACAGUAAUGCGCUGGAUGGUCUUCAUCAAAUUGCUUUUGGCUGGCCAGCAUCGAUAAUGUAAAGUGACAGGGAUACGACUGCAGAAAGUGCAGGUGUCCACGCACGUCAGUAGCCAAAGACGCUACUUAGCCAUGUAAAGACGAGCCCUGAUGCGGAGUUGGGGAAACUGAUUCUGCAAGUCCUGGGAUCAUAAAUUGAAGGGCCACCUGCAAAGUGGACCUAAAAGGGAUUGUGGAAAUGUCGCGGGUUUCUAUGGC